AUGGCUGGUUCAUACCACACACCUGACCCAGUGAUGGCAGGUUCAUACCAGAUACCUGACCCUAUGAUGGCAGGUUCAUACCACACAUCUGACCCUGUGAUGCCAGGUUCAUACCAGAAACCUGACCCUGUGAUGGCAGGUUCAUACCACACACCUGACCCUGUGGUGGCAGGUUCAUACCAGAAACCUGACCCUAUGAUGGCAGGUUCAUACCAGAAACCUGACCCUGUGAUGGCAGGUUCAUACCAGAAACCUGACCCUGUGAUGGUAGGUUCAUACCACACACCUGACCCUGUGAUGGCAGGUUCAUACCAGAAACCUGACCCUGUGAUGGCAGGUUCAUACUAG